UUAAAAAGAGAAGAGUCUCUCUUCUGUAAAAUGGAAAGCAUACAUCACCAGCUUCCUUUUCCCCUUCUUGUCUCCUCUGAAUGAGUCCGUCCAUCUCUCUGGGAUUCUCAUGGCGUCUUCUCAUUGCACUCGUCGCAUUAUCUCACUUUCUUCAUUGAAAUCAGCUAUCAGACCAACCAACCAUUCUCCUCUUCUCAAUGCCUCUAUACCGCGCCGUCGAUUUCCACCAUCUAUGAGAAGUAAGGUGUAUCAGCUAGGAAGUGUGCAGUCACUUUUGCCUCUAUACAGUGCUGUGGCCAGUGCAAGAAUGGUAUCUUAUCUGAGUAUUGAUUCAACUUGUCAAGCUCUUUCACAGGGUACUCUCUGCUGCUACUUUCAUGGACCCUAGUCUUUUUUAUUUUCAAUUGUGAGUGUAUUAUGAUGAGGUUAGCCUCAAUUAUUUUAUGAUGCUAAAAUACAGUAGAAUUUCUUCAGUUCAUUGAUUAUUGGAUGGAUGGAUGCCCUCUUUCUGAGUCUUUGAUCUUA